AUGCCGUACUUAGUAGGCAUGGAGCGACCCAAGUUGUUGGUAAGCGUGGAAGAGCCCAAGGCCGAAGAGGAGCCCUCGUCCGUUAUCCACCACAUAGACAUAUUCAUGCGAUUAGAAGUGAUCCGCACCAAGAAGCACCAGACCCAGUACCAGCCAUUGCAGCCAUACAUGGACGAGAAGUUGAUUGGCGAGCAUGCCCGGCCAUGGCAGCAGAUGCUAAUGUUUUUUUGGCAGACACAGCAGGAGCACGCGUGGAAGAGCCCCAAGAGAGUAGAAGAUGGGGAGGAAGAGGAUAAGGAGCAACCAGGGGCAAAUUUAGAUAAUAAGAUGACGGAGGACGCAGACAGUGUAGGGGGAGAGAGGGAAGAAGCGCCAGUAGUAGGGGUUAGCAAUAUAGGCAAGCCGGAAACGUUAUCAAGUAUUAAGAAAUCCAUCACCCGCAAGGAGUACGACAGCCCAUUAGUAUAUAUAUUAGCCGUGUUAGGGGUUAGGAAGGAUAGGUAG